GCUCCCUCCCUCCCGCGCCGGGCUGGGCUGGGCUGGGCAGGCAGCGCGCCGCGCUCCCGGCGGCGGCUGUGACUCCACAAUGCUGGGCUCGGGCAGGAGGCGGGGCGGGCGGCGGCGCCGUGACUGAGCGGCGAGCGGGGCAGGCGGCGCGGAUAAGCCGCAGGCUGGAGCGAGCCGAGCGCUGAGCCCCCCCCUUCCCGCCCCCUCCCCCAGCAGCCGGGCCCUCAGUAGUAUGGCAUCGAGGAGAAUGGAGACCAAACCCGUGAUAACGUGUCUGAAAACCCUGCUCAUCAUCUACUCCUUCGUCUUCUGGAUCACAGGCGUUAUUCUUCUCGCCGUUGGAGUCUGGGGGAAGCUCACUUUAGGCACAUAUAUCUCUCUCAUUGCCGAAAACUCUACCAAUGCCCCCUAUGUGCUUAUUGGGACUGGUACCACAAUUAUUGUCUUUGGCCUGUUUGGCUGUUUCGCCACUUGUCGUGGCAGCCCAUGGAUGCUGAAACUGUAUGCCAUGUUCUUGUCCCUGGUGUUUCUGGCAGAGCUAGUGGCUGGCAUUUCAGGAUUUGUAUUUCGCCAUGAGAUCAAGGACACUUUCCUUAGGACAUACACUGAAGCUAUCCAGAAUUACAACGGCAAUGAUGAGCGAAGCCGCGCAGUGGAUGACGUACAACAGAGUCUGAGAUGCUGUGGCAUUCAGAAUUACACCAACUGGAGCACGAGCCCUUACUUCUUUGAACACGGUAUUCCCCCAAGCUGCUGCAUGAACGCCAGUGACUGCAAUCCCCAGGAUCUGCGCAAUAUGACUGUUGCUGCCACUAAAGUGAACCAGAAGGGCUGUUAUGAUCUGGUAACCAGUUUUAUGGAGACAAAUAUGGGAAUCAUAGCUGGAGUGGCUUUUGGAAUUGCAUUCUCACAGUUGAUUGGAAUGCUGCUGGCAUGCUGUCUGUCCCGAUUUAUCACUGCCAAUCAGUAUGAGAUGGUGUAACAAGUCUUUCAGAGAUGUGAAAUACAGAGCCUGUCUCAAAAUCAGGAACUGCAGAAAUCUAGGAAGACUUUAAAGAAUGUUAGAGCACACUCUCUCGCUCGCUCACACGCGCGCACGCACACACAAACACACACACCCCAUCUUCUAAACUCCGUACCAUGUGAAGUACCAUUCCGUCAAGUACUAUUGCACCACCAAGAGUAGCUUGAACCAUUCAGCAUCCAGUACUGUACACUCCAUCUUAGAGGCUCUGCAUAUGAUGGCACUAUAUGUAUGUUCUUGGUCAUACAGUAGUUGCGUUGUAAGUGAACAAUGGUAAUCCAUUAACAGCAUCGAUCAGGCUGUGCAUGUAGUGACUGGAGGGCAAAAUUAGCCUUUCACCAUGGUCAAUAAGUGUUGCACACGUUCAUUUAAACCAGUAUAUUCAAUAUAUAUUCUUUUGCUUUACUAAAUCUUAGUUUCUUGUUUUGUUUACUGCUUUACUAAGGUUUUCAUCUUCUCGCCACAAAUGCCCCCUUCCCCCAAAACACAAGAAAUCAGUAACAUAACAUAAAGAUACUUGAAAAAUAAUGUUAUAAUGUUGUGCUUGAAGGGAACUGUUAUUUCUGACGUUCUACUACAUCUUUGAUUCUUAUUCAAUGUUGUAUGCCUAGUGCGUAUGCCAGUAGACUUUGUCUAGUGCAUUUUGCCUCUGAACCUGAACCUGUGUAAUAUUGUUAUGAAGCUGUGUUGUUGCUUACUGUGAAGGCAGUAAUUUUGCUUCUUUUAUUUUUUUAUUAGAUAACUAUGAACUAAUCAAAUUGUGCUGUAAUGCGGCCUUCAUCCUUUUUUUUUUAUUCUUUCUUUUUUUUCCCAUUGACGUUACAGCCACCAAAUAUGUUGUCAGAUCUAUCAAAACAAAACAUAAACAAGCAUACAGAAUAUUUUUGCGGGGGGGGGAGCAAAAGUGUAAAACCUUUUUAAAAAAAUGGGAUUUUUUUAAUAAUGCCUCUGUCUAGCAUGCCAACAAGAAUGCGUCGAUAUUGUAUUUGUGAAAUAUGUAUUAAUAAAUGGAACUAUUACAGA